AUGGCCGCCACCAAACACUCCAUCGCUGAUACCGAGGAGGCCAGCCGGCCUGUCAAAAAGUCCAAGAUUGUCGAUAAUGAAGAGCUCUCAGAGAAGGCGCGCCUAAAGAGGGAGAAGAAGGAGAAGAAGAAAGAGAAGAAGCGUAAGGCUGAAGCCGCCCCCGCGCCGGCGGACGACUCGGAUGAGGUUAUGGAAGAUAAGGACGAGGCAGAGGCCAAGGCCCAGAAGAAGGCGCGCAAGGACGAGAAGAAGAAGCUGAAGGAGGCCAAGAAGGCCAAGCCUACCGCCGACGAGAAGGAAGAGAAGGCAGAGGAGGCUCCCAAGUCGAAGAAGGAGAAGAAGGAGAAGAAGAACAAGACCACGCCGGUGGCGACUUCAUCUGGUGCCAAUGGCUACGAACAGACUGCUGCCCUCAACGGCGUGGCGCAGGCCAAGAUUGACGAAUUUCUUAAGACGAACCAAAUCACCAUUACCGACCCCAAGACCAGCGAACCCACGCUACGACCGAUCCUUGAAUUCGCCCAUCUCCCCCCGACCGACCUCUUGACCAAGAAGGGAUCGCCUUUUGCCAACUACAAGGCUCCUACACCCAUCCAGGCUGCCUCGUGGCCGUUUACGCUCUCCGGCCGCGACGUUGUCGGCGUUGCCGAGACUGGCUCCGGAAAGACCAUGGCUUUCGCACUUCCCUGUGUGCAGGCCGUCGCCGCCAUUAGCAAGCGCUGCACCAAGGCCGUCGUUGUCUCGCCGACCCGAGAGCUGGCGAUGCAGACGCACGAGCAGCUUUCUGCCCUCGCCGCGCUCGCCGGCCUCAAGUCUGUGUGCCUCUACGGCGGCGCGUCCAAGGACGACCAGCGUGCGCUCCUUAGCCGUGGCGCCGACGUCAUCGUCGCCACGCCUGGCCGUCUCAAGGACUUCAUGUCGGACAACACCGUUAACCUGAGCGGCUGUGCAUUCGUGGUUCUCGACGAGGCCGAUCGCAUGCUCGACAAGGGAUUCGAGGAGGACAUCAAACAGAUUCUCGGUGCCUGCCCCCCGCGCGAGAAGCGCCAGACGCUCAUGUUCACCGCGACAUGGCCCUUUUCCGUGCAGUCGCUCGCCUCCACAUUCAUGGUUGAGCCCAUCAAGAUCGCCAUCGGCUCUGGCGGCCGGGAGACCGAGGACGGCUCGGUCGAGCUGCAGGCCAACAUGCGCAUUACGCAGCGCGUCGAGGUCAUGGAGGGCAGCGACAAGGAAUUCCGCCUGCUGCAGGUGCUGAAGCAGCAGCAGCAGAGCGGCCACAAGACCGAUCGUAUCCUGGUGUUCUGCCUCUACAAGAAGGAGGCCACGCGCAUUGAGAACAUGCUCAGUCGCAAGGGUAUCAACGUUGGUGGCAUUCACGGCGAUUUGCGCCAGGAGCAGCGCACCAAGUCGCUCGAGGCUUUCAAGCUGGGCCACACUCCCGUUCUGGUUGCCACCGAUGUCGCCGCCCGUGGUCUGGAUAUCCCCGAGGUCAAGCUUGUCAUCAAUGUUACUUUCCCUCUGACGAUUGAGGAUUAUGUCCACAGAAUCGGCCGAACUGGCCGUGCUGGCAAGACUGGCAAUGCCAUUACAUUCUUUACGGCGCAGGACAAGAGCCAUUCUGGCUCGCUUGUCAACAUCCUGAAGGGUGCCAACCAGCCAGUACCGGAUGAGCUUCUCAAGUUUGGCACGACGGUCAAGAAGAAGACGCACGACAUGUACGGAUCCUUCUUCAAGGACGUCGACAUGAACCAAAAAGCGACCAAGAUCACUUUUGAUUAG